AGGAAGAAAAAGUAAACCUCUGGAAUACAAGGAAGAGGUCGUUUGCCAGCUGCAGCCUGCCUAGCAGAAAAAGGUUUCCAGUGCCUUUGUUCCCUUAUAUGGGCAAAUGAUGCAGAGAUGGAUUUUAUUAAAUAGUGAAGCACUCCAUUUUCUAAAAUGUAAUACAGGCUCAGAAGACAGUGGUGCUGCCAUUUGAAAGGGCUUCUGGAAUCCCAUUGAACAGCUCUGCAGAAUCAGUCCAUUGCUGCUUGUACACAUUUCGUAACGGAUGUGUUUCCCUGAUUCCCGUUCGCUGAGUAAUACUAGACUGCCAACUGCCAACUUAAGCAGAGUUGUGCAGCCUACCUUGAGCCAAGAUGACAGAACGCUUUGACUGUCACUACUGCAAAGAGUCCCUUUUUGGGAAGAAAUACCUUCUGCGAGAGGACAACCCAUACUGUGUGAAAUGUUUUGAGACUCUGUACUCCAACACCUGUGAGGAAUGUAAGAAGCCAAUAAGCUCUGACAGUAAGGAUUUAUCGUACAAGGAUCGUCACUGGCAUGAAGGCUGCUUCCAUUGCUUCCAGUGCAAGAAUUCAUUAGUGGACAAGCCCUUUGCUGCUAAAGAUGAAAACCUGCUGUGUACAGAAUGCUAUUCUAAUGAGUACUCAUCAAAGUGUUGUGAGUGUAAGAAGACUGUCCUGCCAGGUACUCGCAAGAUGGAAUACAAGGGUAACAGCUGGCAUGAAACUUGUUUCACCUGCCAUCGCUGUCAACAGCCAAUUGGAACCAAAAGCUUCAUUCCAAAGGAUAACCAAAACUACUGUGUACCUUGCUAUGAAAAGCAGUUUGCCAUGCAAUGUAUGCAGUGCAAGAAGGCUAUCACUACUGGAGGAGUAACUUACCAUGACCAGCCCUGGCACAAAGAGUGCUUUGUCUGUACUGGAUGCAAAAUUCAAUUGUCAGGACAACGCUUCACCUCUCGGGAUGAAUUUCCAUACUGUCUCAACUGCUUCUGCAACUUGUAUGCCAAGAAGUGUGCUGGGUGCACUAAUCCAAUUGGUGGACUUGGAGGAAGCAAAUACAUUUCGUUUGAGGAACGACAAUGGCAUAAUGACUGCUUCAACUGCAAGAAGUGCUCAGUCUCGUUAGUAGGCCGUGGAUUCCUAACAGAGAGAGAUGACAUCCUUUGCCCAGAGUGUGGAAAAGAUAUUUAAAAAUUAAUUUUUCUUCCUUUGUGACUAGGUAACUCAGACAGUAUGGAUUAGUUAUGAGUUCUUCAUCUACAGAAACAUCUAUCCAACAGGGCAUUUCCUUUUACAAAAGUCUUGUCACUGAUAAUAAAAUGUUGAAAAUGCCAAAUCAGAAUGUAAGCCUCACUUUGGUAAACAGCACAUAUCUGCCACAGUAUGGAUUUUUAUAAAUAUAAUUUAUUUAUCUUGUAUUAAUUGAUAAGUAAAAUUUCUUUAGUUCACCUAUCAUACCCUAGUUUUGACUUACUGGCAGUUUAGGCAUAUUUAUUUUUGUAGGAUCCCAUAGCCUAAAGAUUUAAGAUGUUGUAAAUAGCAUAUACAAAUAAUACCACUCACGAAAUAGAUGCCAAAUUAAAUUAUACAAUAGCCACAUAAAUUCAGUAACAAAAGAACAGUUUUAUUAACUGUGAAAUGCUUCCACCUGGUAUAAAAUAACAUCAACAACCAGAAACAGGUACAAGCUAUCCAUCCCACUCAGGAGAAGUAAAGCAACAGAAUCAUUCCAAGCAUCUCAAAAGCAUCUCAGACUUUGUUGUUAAAUUUAGGCUCAUUGCCAGCAAAUGUAGUAAAAACAAUUAAGAAAAUAUUAACAUACACCAUUUCAUGCAAAAAUAAUCACCUUCGGUAACAUCACAAAAAUCUUUCAAAAACAUAAAAAGCAAUAUAAUUAAUCAAUACAUUAAAAAUCACUGUGUUGCAUCAGUCUGUACUUCAAUGAAUGCAUGUGUGUGCAAGCUGAGACCCAAACUAAUUUGCACACAUCCCAAACAUCCUGUGCUCACAAAUACAAUGCAAUACCACGUGUAAGCCAUAAACCAGUGCAUAUACUUCAAUAUAUGUUAAAAUACAAGUUUACAAAUUAAUGCAUUGUGUACUAGGAAUGUUAAUCUAGAAUGUUGGACCUCUUGGAUUUACCCACUCCCAUAUUUACAGCUGAAACGAAAUGCUGGGUAUGUGUAUGUCGAGCAGUACACCCACACUCUAUCAGGAGUUUAUGAAUAAUAAACGUAAUUGUACUGUGAUCAUGAUGUAUUCUUAAAAUUCAAUUCAUAAACAGUGUAUAGCUAUUCAGUUUAACUCCUUAAGCAAAUAAGCAAAUAUCUGCUCAAAAUUUAAUAGUUUAAAUUCAUUUUAAAGUUUCUCAAGUGAGAAGUUUACAAAAUAAUAGAGGCAGAAUCCCAAGUCUUCAGUUCUAUCUCAGAAUUAUCUUAGCACAGUCAUAGUCAUAAUAUUGGUAGUACUACUUAGCUUCAUUUUUUAAGCAGUGGCUCCAAACAUAAAAAAGCAUAUUUUAUUUUCACUUAACCAGAACUCUGGCCACAUGAGGCACUGUACUUUAAGAAGUAGUACCCACCCACCCACCCCAAAAGGAGUUUCGAUAAACUUUGCUUUGUCCAUUGCUAGUAGGUUUCCUUUCAGAACUUUAAUUCAGCUGUAAUGUUCAUGUUUUUUUAAUACAAAUAACACUGGCAUCAUAAUGUCAUUUAAGAUGAGAUGACUACCAAACAAGCCUGCAGAACAAGUGGUAGUCCCCUUCAGUACCAUCUCUUAACAGCCGUAUUUGACAGUGGAGUUUAUGUAAAGGAGUAAUACAUGGAAUGGCCUGACAUAAGUCUUGACUACCAUUAUAAUCAUGAGAAACUAUACCAGUUCCAUAAUCUCCAUGAGCACAAUACCACUUUCAGUUUAUUGUCGACAUAAUUUGUUAGAUCUGAGUAGUGGCAGGUUUGGAUAGUAAAA